AUGAUUAGACCGAAUGCAACCUCUAUGGAAUCAACAAAGUCCAAUAGUCUGGUGGGAUGCAAUGAGUAUCCGAGAACCAUACCACCAAACACUGUCAAGAGGAAUAGAAUGUCAAAUACAAAUCAACCAAAAACUAAAGCAGAGGCUGAAGUGUUAGCCGAUCAAAUCGCUACAGUUGCCGAUGUAAACAACUCGCUGCCACAACCAAAGGGUCAAGAAGCUACCUCUAUCAAGACUGACAUUGAAGACAAGAAAGCCGACGCUCAAUUGGGUUCCGGUGCCAAAGAUCAAGAGGUCUUCUUUGUCAAAGACGAGAAUAAAGUAACCAAAGAAUUAGAUAAAUCAGUCAGUCCAAAGGCAACCGUAUACUUCAAGGGUUGCAAAGACGGUAACUACACAAUUUCAGCAAGAGUCGUUAAGAUCCUCAUUGAAGCAUGCCAGAGAUGUACAUUCACAUUCAAAGGUAGAAUUUUCACAAAUACAAUCGAAGCAUGGAAGACUGUUGAUUUGAAUCUUCACAAAGGAAUAACAAAGAGUUGUAUUUUAAAUGAUCAAGUAAAGACAUUACAAGUCGAUAUGACAUCGAGAAUGAAUGUUCACUUUGAUACUAGAGCAUCGUUGCAUUCGUUGGUAUGGAGUGGUGUCAACGAUAUGAAACUUAGAUUCGUCGACGAGAAGGAUUUCAUCUACCAGACUGGUUUCGAACAGAUGAAGCAACAAUACCCAGGAACAGAGUUGAGUUUCACAGUCGAUCAGUUCACAACUAGAAUUGUCAAGGGUGAUUUGAUCACAGAGCAGAUCGUUCGUUUGUCCAACGGUUAUCCAACCACCGAAAGAGAGGCACGUGAAUUCGAUAGCAACUCUGAAGCCAACGCAAAGAAAGCCGAAGAAUACGUAAGAUCUAGAUUAAAGGAAAGCGGUAUCACAUUGGGUACUUUGGGUAUGGCCAAGAAGGAAACCGGUAGAAACGAUGCCUGUCCAUGUAAUUCCGAAUAA